GGCAUACGCAUACGGCGCAGUCUUGUCGCUUCUUCGUGCCGCCACCGCCGCAGACGUAGAAGGAGCGAGCGUACGGCCAUGUGCGUCGAUCAAAUCCAGUAUUCAGUUGGUUUGAUCUGCUGCACGUCUUUAGUCCUUGUGUAAUAUUCGAUAAUCGUGCAUCUAAACUUAUUAUUUCGAUGUGUUAUCUCAGUGUAAAGAGUGUUACAUACAUUUCAGACUAAAAAUUAAUUUUCUAUAGCUAAAUUUGUGUCACGUGUAUUGACGGUACACGUUAACCUGACACGAAUAAUAGUGCUUCUAUUUCAAGUGUAAUAAAUUUGUUUACAUCAUCAGUAUUACGUCAAAGUUUUUACUUCUGUUAUUCGAGUGUUAUUAACUGUACAACCAAUCAUGGGUGGUGCACCAGCAACAAAGAAGCCAAAACUUGAGGGCAAGGCAUUCUUGGAGUUAAAAGAGAGACUUAAACAACAGAAGAAAGUUAAAAAAAAUAUUCCAAGGUUGCGUUUGCUUCCAGCGGGAGUUAACGCGAGUUUAUCAAUUGACAAUGAAGAUAGAACACCAAUCAUUUUAAGUGACAUCCAGAAUCUACUUAUGUAUUCAGUAUCGGAUCUUCAAGUACCUUUGAGAUGGUGCAAAGUUGAAAAGUUCACCAAAGUGUCACAUGCCGUUGUACUGAUUGUUGAUGGCUUAAACUUUAAUCAUUAUAAAACCAAUCAAAAAUUACUUGAUACUUUAAAGUCUGACAUGGAACACAAAUUAGAGCUCAUAACUCCAGCAAUUAAUGGUGAAUCUAUCGCAGAGGAAAUUAUAACAAUACCUCUCACUGAAACUUACAAAAAAACUUUAAUUCAUAAUUAUGGAUCCUUAGAAGUAGCAGCUGAUCGUGUAAAAGAUAUGAUAAAACUGAAAAGAACCAUUUUUCCCAUUAAUUCAGUUCAAAGAAAAAGAAAACAUAGUGAAACAGAAAUACCAAAAACUGAAGAUUUACCUGAUGGCGACAAGUUCUCAAGAACAGAAUUAUUACUUUCUUCGCAGCAAAUGGUAGAGAAUGGGUAUCCGUUACCUAUAAAAGGAGGUUCAGAUGAACUGAAAGGUUAUAAAUUUACAAAAGAUAAAUAUGCUGAAGUGAAUUCUAAAUCUCGCAUGUUUGGUUUAGAUUGUGAAAUGUGUAUGACAGACAAGAAUCGUUCAGAGCUAACACGUGUGUCAAUUGUUGAUGAAAGCCUUGAGGUUAUAUAUGAUACUUUUGUAAAACCAUAUAAUAAAAUUACAAACUAUCUUACCAGGUUCAGUGGUAUAACAAAAGAAUUAUUGGAAGAUGUAACAACAAGAUUGGAAGAUGUACAAGAGCAUAUAAAAAAAAUUCUUCCGGAUGACGCUAUUUUAAUAGGUCAGAGUCUUAAUUUUGAUUUGAGAGCUCUUGAAAUGAUGCACCCUUAUGUAAUAGACACAUCCGUGAUAUUCAAUCUAAGUGGUAUUAAAGGUCGGAAAGCAGGAUUAAAAGUUCUUACUCAAGCAUUUUUGAAAGAAAGUAUUCAAAAUGCUGGGAAAGAUGGUCAUUGUUCUGUAGAAGAUUCAAGAGCUGCUAUUAAGUUGGUGCAGUUAAAGCUAUUAAAUACUCCUACUUUUGGAGAUGGACUUCUUAUCUCACAGUCAGAGCUGCAAGAACAAAUUAACAAAGGAAGGAGUAAACCAUUUACAGAACAAAUCUUAGCAUCGUUAAUAUUUCAACAUAUGAAUAAAGUUGAAUUAAAAUCAGCAGCUCUUGCUGCAAGUCCAUCAAUUAUGAAUGAAUAUAGCAAAGCUUUAGUGAAAUCAGAUUUGAAAAUAAUGGAUGAUGACAAUUUCCAACAAAGUGACUUUUUAAGAUUAGUCAUAAAAGAUACCAACAAGAAAACUGUGAAAAGGUUUUCAGAAGUAAUUACAAACCAUGCUUUGAAUUUCUGUCAUGUUAGAUUGACUGAAGAUGAAGUGAAUGAAGAAAAUAUUGGCAAAACACUUAAGUCUGUAAAUAAGUGGAUAAAAAGUGUAUGGGAUCAAGUGGAGAAUCAUGGUUUUGUAUGUGUGAUUUUUAGUGGAACAAAAGAUGUAGAAAAUGGUGCUUGUUUUUUGAGCAUAAAAAAAAAUGACAACAUAGAACAAUUAAAAAGUUAGGUUCAUAUGUGUAGUUCUCAAGUUCAGCACUGCCUAGAUUCUAUACCUCGGAACUGCCUACUCCUAUGCAUAAUCUGUUAUUUGAUUGCAUUUUGUAUAUAGGCGUUGGCAGUUCUUUGAAGGAUGCCUCAAGUUCUGACAUGAAUGUAACUUUCCAAUUGAUAUGUUAAAUUUAAUUUAGGUCAAGUAAACAAACGCAUUGUAGAUACAUAAAAUGUACAUAAAUCAGAUUUGAGAUUUAAGUAGAAAAAUUUUAAUAAA